UGGUGAUUGGGGGAGCUGAAAGAAGGAUGAGAAAAAUGAAUAGUUUGUGUGCCCCUCGUCUGUUUUUUUUUUUUUUACAAUAUUUACCGUGCUGUUAAUUCGGUCAUGACUGUGAUCUUUCUCUUGUAUGACGGCACUGCUGCAGGAUGGUGGUCCUGAUCUUGUGUACGAUCAUGCCAUGUGUAUGGACUCUCAGCGCCAGCUGAUCUACGUGUUCGGUGGGCGGAACAUAUUCCUCAACCCCGGCAUGGCGGAAAGCCUCUACUCAGGACUCUACGUCUAUGAUGUGCAGGCAGGAACCUGGACGCAGCUGCGAUCAGAUUCAGUGCCCGUGCCUGAUGGUGGCGUUCCCUUGAAAUCGAGGACCGGCCAUUCCAUGUUGCUGGAUCCUAAUUGCAGGCUGCUGUAUAUAUUUGCAGGCCAACGCAAUAAGGUGACGCUUUAUAACGAGGACUAUUUGAGUGACUUCUAUGUCUACGACAUUGAGCGGGAUUAUGUGCACCAGAUUUCGCAAGACAGUAGUCGGGGGGUGUGGGAGGAUCUGCGGCAAUGCGACGACGCGACGGAAGACUACUUCAAGGACAAGCUGCGCAUGUCGCCGCGGGUGUUCCGGGAGAUAGCGGAAACUCUGUCUCCCUUCCUUCAACGGCGUGUCACGUUUUAUAGGGAGCCCCUCCAGCCUGACCUCAUCGUAGCGUUCGCUUUGUACAGAUGGCCGUCGGGGGAGACGUACGAGAGCGGGACAUGCAGCUUCGGCAUUGGCAGAAAGUCUGGGUUGGUGGCUGUGCGGAAUGUUACUUCGGCGUUGCUGAGUGCGUACCGCGACAAGAUAUCGUGGCCAACGGGGGUGCAAAAGGCGGUCGUCUUGUGCGCUUUCGCUGACAAGGGCUUCCCCAACUGCCAUGGCUGCAUCGAUUGUACCCACAUCUUCAUCGACAAGCCAUCCAAUUGCCCCGGAGAGGACUACUACGACAGAAAACGUCGUUUCUUCGUCCAGGCUCAGGUGGUCGUCGAUCUGAACUUGCGCGUGCUGGAUGUGUUCGUCGGAUACCCGGGGAGCUGCCACGACGUGAGGAUCGUCCACCUGUCCAGUUUGUGGGCGCGUGCGGAGGCAGGGGAGCUUUUCACUGGGCCACCUGUCAUGCUGCCUUUCGGUGUGCGAACGAACAGCUAUCUACUGGGCGACAACGGUUACCCCCCCUCGGAAUGGGUAGUCGUCCCCUACGGCGGUGUAUCACAGCACCCGUCGGAGAUUCGGUUUGACAACAAGUAGAAGACGGCGAGGGGAGCAAUCGAGAGGGCUUUCGGCAGAUUGAAGGGGAUGUGGAGGUUGUUCCUUCGCUCCCACAAGACGAACAUGGAGACGUUGCCGCAGCAAUUCGU